AUGAUCAUCUUAUUGAGUAUAAUGGUGAUGAUAAAUCAUGUACAAGGAGAAGAUAUCACUGUCUCAGAUAUAACUAUUAAUGAUCUUGAUGUUACAACAGGGAUUCUGUUUGAGAAAACCCAAAGCUUUUAUGUUUACACUGAUUUCCUUUAUAUUCCUAUUGAAAUUGACAUACACAUGGAAUAUGACGAUAUUUCUAGGGAAAUUGCAUUAUUUAACAUAACUGAUCAUAGUAUAUAUUCAGUUGAAUUAAUCGAUCAAUUAAAGAAUUUUACAUUAUUGAAGAGGACAAAAAGGUCAUGGCCUAGUGAAGGACUUUUACCAUUCAUAGGUGAAAUUAACUCAAAAUUUACAGGAGUGGCCACCCUUAGAGAUAUUGAAAAUCUCAAAGUUCAAUCUCAAUCCUUAACUGAAUAUGUAAAUGGCCUUAAGGAAAUAAUGAAAACACAGCUAAAUUUGAAUGAGCAAUUAAUCACUGAUGUAAAGCAAAUUCAAAUUGACUUAACUCCAAUUAAAUCAACAAUAGUCAAUGUUGUGAAUGAAUUAGGAUCAUACCAAGAAAAGAUUGAUUCAACAUUCAGAGAAAUAAAGAGGAUGUUAACAUAUCAAAGAUUGAAGAUGGCUUUGGAAACCCGACAUCUCACUUAUGAAUUAUUUCAGAUGCAGUUAGUGCAGACAAUUGAUAAAUGUAAUUUACAUUAUUUAUCGGAGUCACUGAUUAAUAAAGGAAGAUUAAUUAAUCUUCUUGAAGAAGUUCAUCCCAAUCUUAAAAAUAUGAAAUUAAAUCCAGCGAUUGGGGAAUCAUCUAUUGAAAUGUAUUACUCACUUCCAUUAACAAACUGCCUAAGAGAAAAAAGAUACUUUCUUUGUCCUUUUAAACAUUCCCAUAAUUCCUGA